CUGAAUACUAGAAAAAAAUUAUACAAGCAAUGUGUGGUUUUUAGGAUUAUACGAGCAAGUCCAAUCUAAUACCUUAAAAAAUUAUUGUGGACUUCAGUUGUGCAAUGCAAAACAUAGGGCAAAUCUUUUUCCAUCUUAAAGUCAAGAUCGUUUUGGGUAUUACACGAGGAAAACGUGUUGGGUCAAUAAAUUUUGUAAUGAUGUGGGAAAGGAUUUUUGUAUUGUGAAAUUGUAAACUACUACUUCUUUCUUUAACAUGCUUAAAUUUGUGCUAUAAAACAACUCUCCUUCGCUUUUAUUAUUAUUUUUUCUGUAAUAAGAAAGCACGAAGCAAAAAAGUGAAGAGGGGAUUUGAGGAAGUGAAAUAUAUUUAUUUAUGUGGGUUUUUUGGUUGGAUUUUUAAGCUGGGUUUUGCUUGAAUUUUUAAUUAAGAUAGUGAAAGAAUAAUGGAGAGAGAUUUUCUGGGUUUGAAUUCAAAUGAACCAUUGGCUGUGGUUAAGGAUGAUGUUAACACUGAUAAGUACAAAGAAAUAGGUUUUACUAAAAGCUCAGGGAUACAAUGGCCCUUUUCAAACAAAGUUUUCGCUGUUCCACAGCUGAUGAACUUUAAUUUUGCCCAAGGGAAUAAAACCAAAAAGACUGGAUAUGAUUCAAAAGUAUCCCCUCUCUUCAUGCCUAUAUCAACAAUGGAUGCUUCUGAACUUCAGAAAUCGUUCAAUCACAAUUGGAAUGGUGGGGGUCAUUUUUCAUUGACUGAUUCUCAUGUUCAACACAACACGAACAUGUUUCCGGCAUCAAACCAGACAAUUUCUGUUUCUGGGAGCAACCCGUUCGUGAAGAAUGAUUUCACUACCACUGGUCAAAACUUUCCUGCUAAUACUAUAAAACCACAAUUUCUUGGAGGGGUUCCAGUGACAACUCCACAUUCAGUUCUUCCCACCCUUGGCACUGUUGGUGGAAGUGUUGAACCAUGCGCCCAGACCUCUGGAUCACCUGCUCAAUUGACUAUCUUUUAUGCGGGUGAAGUGAAUGUCUUUGAUGAUAUUACCCCUGAGAAGGCUCAAGCUAUCAUGUUUUUGGCUGGGAACGGGUCUUCCAUGGCUUCUAAUUCAGCUUAUCCAAAACCCCCGGUCCAGACACCUAUUUUGAAACCAGUUCAAGUUGAUAGUGUUCCUGCGAACCAGCUCAUAAGUACACAACUGAGCUUUGGUAUGCCAAGCCCUUUACCUGUUUCUUCUCAUGCUGGUACGCAGUCUUGGAGUGGAUCCACCAGUACCGAAGAACAGAUAAUAUGCAAGGCCUCAGUACCUCCAACUCCAUCUACCCCUAUUAGCAAAUUGGAGAGUCCAAAUUUGGUAAAAACCAUGGGAUCUGAUGCUGCCACCGGCAUGAUGCCUUCUGGUAUCCACCCUUAUGCUCUUAAAGAUUUUCCAUUCUUUGUGUUGGCUUGCAGGAAAAAAAUUGUGAUGACAAAGAGUUCCACAGGCUCGCAAAGCUUCCUUGGCUCGGUUUUUGGAGAAGCGCAAGGGGAGGAUAAUGAGUACAGCAUCACCAUACAAUCUUAUUAGCAAGAAGUCUCUAGAUUAUGCAACUACCAUGGAAUCGAAUGCAUAAACAAACUUUAUGGCGAUCUCUGCUGCAACUGAGUAGGGGAAACUCCAUGAUUUAUGAUUUGGCAUUGGAAGGGAAUGAAUGCAAAGUUUAUGUUUGGCAUUUUGUUUCUCUAAUGAAAAAAUAUAUGUAACGUUGACUAUGCUUGAUUACCAUCAACUAGAGUUUAAGCAGUAGUUGGUGGUUUAAGGUUAUAAUGGGUUUUUUUUUUUUUUGGUUUAUAUUUAUGUUGGAUGUUUUAGCUACUUUGUAACCCAUUCAAUUGCUGUUACAUGGUAGAAAUAAUGCAUUAAUAAGAAUUUGUAUUUUCUUCUA